ACAUUGAAAUUUUUUAUGAGAUUGGCGGGCCUGCGCAUGUCCACAAUUUUAAAUAUGGCCGCUGUGUUAUUUGUUUUCAUAUGCCUACAAAACGUCUAAAAAAAUUUCUGUCAAAUAUUAAAAAAUAAUUGUAUUAUUUAUUAAUAAUAAAUUUAACCAUCAAUUAAGUUGUUUUCAUAAAAUGGAAGAAGAAAAAAAUACUCUAGUUGAUGUUUCUUGGAAAUUCGGUGUAACAACAUCAAGUAGCGAAUCAGACAAAGUAGGAAAAACAUUUUUGCAACUAAAAUUACAAUUAAACAAUGGUGGUAAAAUGAAAGAUAUUUUCACAGAGAUGACCCUAACUCAGUUUUAUAAAUUUAUUCAUGACCUAGAACAGGCAAAGAAUAAUUUAGAACUGCUGUCGUAGUUGAUAAAUAAACCAUGUCAUAUGUAGAAAAAAAUUAUUUUUAUUUAAU